CGCGCACACUGAAACCUCUCAUUCAUUUCGCCCUUAAAUGCGACCGGUUGCAGAGACGGGGAAAAAAGAACAGCCGCGGAUUUAAUUAGCUGGGUUCUCUCAGUCCUCUGCUCAGUGAUCGCUCAUUUGCGCGGGUAUUAAUCUUUCUUUCUUUUUCUUUUCUUUUUUUUUUGUCUUACUGUCCCUCUCUCUCGCUCUAUCCUGUGCUCUCCCUUUCUUUCUCUCUCUGGAGGCUGAGGAGAUGAUUAUGCACCCAUGGGAGACAAACACCACAGCCGAGCCAAGCUUCCCUGCGCUUCCGUGGAGUUGUUAUGGCCGGGAAGAAUGUCACCCACUUCUGCCGGUGCACAAUUUUCAUUUUGAGCGCAGAUUUUGAGAGAUAAUCACUGCCCCCUUCCUUUUUUUUCCCCCCCCCACCCCCACGGAAUUUGCUUGAAUUGCGAUUGUUGAGGUAUUUCAGAUUUGAGCAGAGAGCGGCUUGCCUGUGUUUCCAACAGCCAGUUAAUCUUCGGAGUGUGAUCACUGAUACUGUCCGUCUAAUGGAUGGGGGGAGCUGAAUUACUGUCGGGGGCUUCACUAUUCAACAAGCUGCGCUGCUCGCUCCUCCUGGCUGCACAGCGAUGGGCGCAGUUUGCCUGAGCCUUUCAUUCCGUCUCUCUUCUUCGGCCCAGCUUGUUGAAUCUCCACCUUGGUGACUAAAAUGGAGAUUUUCUAACAAACUUCAAAAAUCAUCAUCAGUCGACUCCGUCUUUGCUACAAAAGUUGAGCAUGGCGCGUCCGGGUGUUUGCGUCUGGAGGCUGUUUUGGCUCCUGAGCGCCGUGGUGGAUUUUGCGCUGCUCCAGGAGACCUACGCGCCACACUCCAUACGGACACAGGGGCACUUGACCCUCGGCGGACUCUUCCCGGUGCACUCCAGGGGACCCGACGGCACGCCGUGCGGGGACCUGAAAAAGGAGAACGGCAUCCAGCGCUUGGAGGCCAUGAUGUACGCGCUGGACCAGAUCAACCAGGACGAGCAACUCUUACCCAACAUCACCCUUGGCGCACGGGUGCUUGACACUUGCUCGAGGGAUACGUACGCGCUGGAGCAGUCCUUAACUUUUGUGCAAGCCCUCAUCACAAAGGACACUUCAGACGUGAGGUGCACGAACGGGGAGCCGCCGGUGUUCGUCAAGCCCGAGAAAGUGGUGGGAGUGAUCGGAGCCUCGGCGAGCUCGGUGUCGAUUAUGGUUGCCAACAUCCUACGCCUGUUUCAGAUCCCUCAGAUCAGCUACGCGUCAACAGCCCCGGAGCUGAGCGACGACAGGCGUUACGACUUCUUCUCACGGGUGGUUCCUCCAGACUCGUUCCAGGCCCAGGCCAUGGUGGACAUCAUCCAAGCCUUAAACUGGACCUACGUCUCCACUGUUGCCUCAGAAGGCAGCUACGGGGAGAAGGGAGUGGAGGCUUUCACCCAGCUCUCCAAGGAAGCAGGUGGAAUCUGCAUUGCCCAGUCUUUGAAAAUCCCCCACAACCCCAAGACGGAAGAUUACGACAAAAUCAUCCAACAAUUGCUGGAAACCCACAACGCACGGGCAAUCAUCAUCUUCGCCAGUGAAGAAGACAUACGAGGAGUUCUCAAUGCCACCAAGAGGGCCAACCAGGUGGGCCAUUUCCUGUGGAUUGGAUCCGACAGCUGGGGGUCCAAGAGCAGCCCGAUCCACCAGCUGGAGGACGUAGCAGUGGGAGCAGUCACAAUUCUGCCCAAACGCUCCUCCAUUGAAGGAUUUGAUGAAUACUUUACGGGUCUCACCCUGGAGAACAAUCGCAGGAAUGUGUGGUUUGCGGAGUUUUGGGAGGAAAACUUUGACUGCCGGCUGCUCAGCGCUUCCAAAAGAGAGGACAGCAGCCGCAAGUGCACAGGCCAGGAGCGGAUUGGGAUUGACUCCAAGUAUGAGCAGGAAGGGAAGGUGCAGUUUGUGAUUGACGCUGUGUAUGCUAUGGCCCACGCGCUGCACAACAUGCACAGAGACUUAUGUCCCAAUCAUCCUGGCGUCUGUCCACAAAUGGAGUCCACAGAUGGGAAGAUGCUGCUCAAAUACAUUCGCAACGCCAGCUUCAACGGUAGCGCAGGCACAUCCGUUGUGUUUAACAAGAAUGGCGACGCUCCAGGACGCUAUGACCUGUUCCAGUUCCAGGUGACCAACUCCUCCGGCCCAGAGUACAAGGUGGUGGGUCAGUGGGCGGACACCCUUCAACUCAGGCUGGAGGAGCUUCAGUGGCCAGAUGGGGAGCAGGAGGUGCCCAACUCCGUGUGCAGUCUGCCUUGCAAAACCGGGGAGAGAAAGAAGAAAGUGAAGGGCAUGCCAUGCUGCUGGAUCUGUGAGCUAUGUGAUGGCUACCAGUACCAGUAUGACGAGACCUCUUGCAGAUUAUGCGCGUACUACAUGAGACCCAACUCCAACAGAACAGCGUGCCAGCCCAUCCCCAUCAUAAAGCUGGAGUGGCACUCUCCUUGGGCAAUAAUCCCCGUCUUUCUAGCCAUGCUUGGAAUCAUUGCCACCAUCUUUGUGAUGGCGACAUUCGUGCGCUACAAUGACACCCCCAUAGUGCGGGCAUCUGGCAGAGAACUGAGCUACGUGCUGCUAACUGGCAUCUUCCUCUGUUACAUCAUCACCUUCCUCAUGAUCGCCAAGCCUGAUGUAGCUGUGUGCGCCUUCAGGAGGAUCUUCCUGGGCCUUGGCAUGUGCAUCAGCUACGCGGCCCUCCUCACCAAGACCAAUCGGAUCUAUCGGAUCUUUGAGCAGGGCAAGCAGACGGUCACGGCCCCUCGCUUCAUCAGCCCGACCUCACAGAUCGCCAUCACCUCCAGCCUCAUCUCCGUGCAGCUUCUCGGGGUGCUCGUGUGGUUCGCCGUUGAUCCGCCGAACACAAUUGUCGACUACGAUGAGCAAAAGACGAUAAACCCCAUGCUGGCUCGAGGAGUCCUUAAGUGUGACAUCACAGACCUGCAAAUAAUCUGCUCCUUAGGCUACAGCAUCCUGUUGAUGGUGACCUGCACCAUCUACGCUAUCAAGACCAGAGAUGUACCAGAAGACUUCAAUGAAGCCAAACCCAUCGGCUUCACCAUGUACACUACUUGCAUAGUAUGGCUGGCUUUCAUCCCAAUUUUCUUUGGCACAGCCCAGUCAGCGGAGAAGCUGUACAUUCAGACAACCACCCUGACUGUCUCCAUGAACCUCAGUGCCUCAGUCGCACUGGGCAUGCUCUACAUGCCCAAGGUGUACAUCAUUAUCUUCCACCCUGAGCUGAACGUGCAGAAGAGGAAGCGUAGCUUCAAGGCUGUGGUCACCGCUGCCACAAUGUCAUCCCGUCUGUCUCAGAAACCCAGUGAGCGGCCCAACGGCGAGGCCAAGACCGAGCUGUGUGAGAACCCUGCUGCUGACCCCAUGAGUCAAGCCACAAAGAAAACUUAUGUGAGCUACAACAACCUCAGGAUCUGAUCUGCUUAGAAACACUUUGUCCUCUGUUUGUGAUCAGAAAAAAAAAAAAAUUAAAUAAAAGCAAUGAAAGCUGUAGGAUCCGAGAACGAAAGACAGACAGAGAGCGCAGGCAUCCCAGCACCACCUGCGGUACGUAUGCACUCCAAGACUGUGGAUGGCAUCCAACCUUCAUUCAGACAUGAUGCAUGAGUCCUAACAGAUACGAACAGAGCGCUGUACCUGUGCGACUGUGUCGGAACCAAACCGCAGGUUGUAAACUUGUGAUGUGGCCCUCUUCUCUUUGUCUGACGGGGAACGCAUUGCCUGCUGAAAAAGGGGGUCACUGUGAAAGAGGACAAACACAUAAAAAUGGACCGUUGAUCUGCUUCAAGAAAUUUUCUUUUGAAAUGUCAUUAAAGCCAUAUUCUCUUGGGGUGUCCAUUAUCUGAUUUCUGUUUUGUAUUGUUUAAGUGAUUUUUCUUCUGUGCCUCUUUUUUUCUCUUGGAGUUGAUUUAAUUACCUUGAACAGCGAUCUCUGCCACACACAGCAUUUUGAUUUGUCAACGUCAACUCUGUCCCAGAUGAUUUUUACCGAGUGAUGGGCAUUGUGAGUAUAUUUUUUUGUAAAUAUUUGAGAGUAUUUUCAUGUUUGAAGAGCACAGAAAUAAAUAUCCAGUCUUUGUUCAGUUGGAUUUGGAUGGUAAAAAGCACCACAAAGUGUCCACUUUGCAUGUGCCAAUGUAUGUCUGUUCUAUUUGAUGUAAACUAAACAAACAAAAAAAAAAAAAAUCAUAAGAAAAAUAAAUUCAGAAAAUGAUGAUGAGCUUCUGCAUCCUUCUGCGGUUUUUUAGUUUUUGUUUUUUUUGUUUUUUUGUUUUUUUUAAUCUUUACCAGAUGUGAAUUUUGUUAGAUUAUGGAAUAUGGCUUUAAGGUGUAACUGGAAGCAUGUUUGUUUUAUAUAGUUUUGUACUGGGUUUAUUUUGCCUAAUUAAAGUGUGGGAAACAGUCACAUCGGAGCAAUCAUGCAAGUAUGUUGUGAUGUCUGUCUAAUUACCAACAUGUAAUAAAAUCAUUUUGUUAUUGUUUAUACAAUGA